AUGGAGAUGCUUGCUAAAUCACGGACCGCGACGCACUGCCGGCCUCUGCCCGGCAGUUGUAGGGCCAUCGUCCGGUCCAGAAAUCUUUCGAAAUCAGCAGUCGCAGACCAAGAGUCUCUUACGGCUACACCCAAACUUGGACUUCGCGUUCGGAAAGCGCUAAAGGAGUGGGCUCCAACGAUUGAGGCCCUUGGCCACGGCGAGCAAACGGUGCUGUUCCGCAAAGGUGGCAUCAAGGAGCCCACCUUCCGGCCCGUGACUUCCACUUCGCCCUUCCUCCUCUUCCCCACAAGCUUUCACACAGACCAGCAGCUACUCAAGCCCGGGGUGGCCGAGCGCUAUGGCGAGGCCAUGCGGCUAGAGCCCAAGUCGGAGUCCGUACUGCGGCUGCCGUACGUGGCUCAAGUGACAGGCGCAUGGACGACGUACGACUCGCAGGUCCUUCCUGUGCUGGACGACUUCCACGUGUGGACAGAACAGUUCAUUGAGACACGUCUCAAGUGGCGCGCCAACCAACCCAUCACGGUUAUGGAGCUACGCUGCUGGCGACUGGCGCAACCCCUGGAGCUACCGGUCACUGAGUCCCUGUUCGGCUGCUUCUCGUGGGAAGCCUCUGACAACCCUGGCCUCCGAGCCAAAGCCGCUCCCUGCCCCUGCACCUUCUUCACGCGCGCCAGCGCCUGCAUCCCCCUUCCCAACACAAUUGCACCUUUCGAUUGUCGGAUCCGCAAAUCCGCAGUGGACGUGGCUGCACAUCUACGGCAAGAAUCUGAUCUGGAUUUGGAACUGGGCCCCGGGGUGCCGGUGGUCAGCGAUGAGGAGUUUGCGGCGCGGCAGCAGCUGCUAAGGACCGCAUUGGGUCGCAUCCGGGUGGAUCUUCUGGAACUGAACUGA